CCCUACCCGGGAAUUGCUUUGCCGGCCAUGGGAAGGACGAGGUCCUCCAUCUCACGUUCACCUUGGGUGGCUCCGGAGGGUACCCCAGCCCCACAGGGAAGCGGGAGAGGCUGGGAAAACGAAACGAAAGUCCCCGGUGAACGCUGCUCGCCUCCGUUGUCCACAUGCCCGACAGCCCCGUUGCCUCCCGGCCGCCCGGCCCCCCGGCAGAUGGAGACGGUGCCACCGCCCCCAAGGAGACGGGACCCCGGCCGGGUACACCCUCGUGCUCCCCUCCAUCCCACCCUCCCGCGAUGGAAGAUGACUUCCAGUUCGUCCUUUGCGAGGGCUGCCGGCAGGAAUCGCCCAACCUCAAGCUCCUCACCUGCCUCCACACCUUGUGCCUCGAUUGCCUGAGCGAGAACAAGCCCAUCAGGCAGUGCCCCGUGUGCCGGACGGCCAUCCCGCAGGCCAGCGGCAUCCCCGACAUGGACAACCUGCUCUUCACCAACCUGCAGGCCAAGCUCAGCAUCUACAAGAAGAUCAGGGACAGCGAUGGCCCGAGUUGCAGCCGGUGUCGGGGGGAAUCAGCGACGGUGUGGUGCUCCGAGUGCGAGGAGUUCCUCUGCGCCAAGUGCUUUGAGGACCACCAGUGGUUCUUCAAGAAGAGGAGCCACGAAGCCAGGAAGGUGGAGGACCUUCGUGCCGAGUCAGCCCAUCAGUUCCUGGAAGACACCAGAAAGUCCUGCAACCUCUUCUGCUCCCGUCCCGGUCACGCCGACCAGGGCCACAUCUCCAGCAUCUACUGCAAGAGGUGCGAGAAGGCGCUGUGCUGCUCGUGCGCGCUGCUGGACAGCCAGCACGCCCCGUUCUGCGACAUCCGCAGCGAGACCCAGCGCAGGCAGGAGGAGCUGGGCACCAUGAACCAGGAGCUGAAGCAGAAGAGAAGCGGCUUCGAGGCCACCUACGCGGCGCUGCAGGAUGAGGCCGCCCGGCUGGAGGAGGCGCAGCGGGAGAUGCGGGAGCUGAUCGGGCAGCGCGUGGAGCAGCUGGUGCGGCUGAUCCGGCAGGAGGAAGAGGAGCUGCUGGGGCUGGUGGAAGCGUGGCAGGAGCAGGGCCGGCGGGAGCUGGCGAGGGAGCUGCAGCACGUGGAAGGGGUGCUGCGGCGGAUGGAGGCGGGCGAGCAGCUGGUGGAGAAGAUGAGGCUCUACGCCACGGAGCAGGAGGUGAUGGACAUGCAGCCCUUCAUCAAGGACUCGCUGGACGAGCUGCAGCGGCUGCAGCCGCCGGCGGCCGGGGACCGAGCGCAGUCUGGGGACUUGGCCAAGUGCAGAGCCAGGCUGCAGGCGCUGGUGGAGCGUGUCAUGGGGCACCCAGGUACUAAUUCCCAAGCUGACCCCAUGGUCGAGGUGGCCCCGGAAAAAAACCUGCAAGGGGAGUCAGUCCAGCCCAAGAGCCAGACCAUCUUGCCCACCUUCACCAUCAACCUCGAGGAGAUGCAGAUGAGCCCGGCUCUCUCUGUCAGCACGUGGCCCAAGCGGAGGUCGUGCUGCGUGGAAACGGGCAGCCAGAUCUCACCCAAGGUGCUGAAGCUGGAGUAUGACAACAUGCCGGUCCCCAUCAAUCCCAGUUCAAACCAGUGGGAUGGCAGAAUGGGACCCAGAACCUCCACGCCGAGCCAGAACUGCAGCAGCAUCCCUGCCACCAGCAGCCACAUUGAUGAUGCAGAAGACACCAGCAUCAUCAUCUCCAGCUCAGAGGACAGCUCGGAAGACACGGUGGCUUCCAGCAAGCCCAAGGACAGCAAGAAGCCCUCCAGCCCCACGUGGUCCGGGAGCGGCACCUCACCCCACCACAGCACUGGCCCCACCAGCCCCUUGGACGAUGGGUUGGAGCUGAGCACCUUGGUGUUCCUCAGCUUGAAGGUUGACCAGAAAACCCAGCUCAUCACGGAGGUGGCAGCAGUAAAUGGAGAGCACACCUUCAAGACGCUGAUUCAGACACCCGAGUCGGUGCUGGCGCUGCUCUCCCAAGGUGUCCCCAUGGAGGUGGGGAUGCAGCACCUCCUCUGGUACCUCUCCCCACUCCCCAGGCCCAUCCUCAUCGUCUAUAACUUCUGGGCACUGGAGCUGCCUGCUCUCUUUAAAGCCCUGGAUGCCACGGGCAGGAAAGUGGACUUCUGCCGCGUUGUGGGCGGUUAUGUGGAUAUGUUGUCCUUGAUCAAAGAAAAGCUGCCCAAGGCCCCUUCUUACAAGCUGAAGAACCUGCUGAGAAGGCACCUCCAGCAGCAGCUCAACGAGGGCAGCGCGCUGGCCACGGCCAAGGCCUUGCAGGAGCUUUGGGGAGCCCUGGAGCUCCCUGCCCAUGCCGAUACGGGGAUGAUGCUCACCCACUGCAACCUGCAGAGCUACACGAUCCUGCAGCCCCUGGUACAGGAGAAACUGCUCACCAAGAGGGCGGCCAAGACCCUGGCGCGGCGCAGCCUCAUCCUCUGGGAGCUGGAAGAGGCGUGAGCGUGACCGUGGGGUGGGAGGGGAGAUACUCGGAGCCCUGUUCGCCCUGCCCGAGCAGCACCAGGUACCUUGACCCCCCCCUCCUCAAAACCCCGCAGCCUGAACCCCCCCCAGUGACAGGCGGAGGUUGCCCGAGGUGUCCCCAGCCGGGGCUGCGUGUGACAAGGCAGUGAGGGACACACACCACCAGGUGUCCUCUUUGUACAACCGCACACGGCCGGGAGGGUAAGGGCUGGCUCCCCUGCUUGUGCACACUCACCCGCAUCCCUAGAGCCCACCCGUGGUCCCUCCUUGUACCUGGGAGGUACUGCGACCAUCACCGGGGCGUCUGGUCUGCUCCAUUGAGCACAGAGGGAGAGGGCUGGGGGGAUGUAGACGUCCUCUGGGUGGCUGGAGGUGGGUGAAGAUGGGCAGGAAUGGGAUGUGGUGAAGGUCUCCUCUCCGACAGGGUGUGGUGGGAGCUGCCAGGCUUGGAAAAUCGGGGGGAGACAGGGAGGAAGCGUGACCCCCCCCCGAAUCUUCUGGGAACCCCCCAAGAACAAGCAGUGGCCCAGACACAGCUUGAAGUAUUGGAGCUGGGUCUUGGCCAGCAAGCCGGGGGUGGGCAAGGGGGCUGCCUUCCCCCGGGCAGGGAAGAAUGAGGACAGAUCCAGCACCGUACAGCGGUUUAUAGGGAGCAAUCCCAAAGGAGCCCCCACGACCGCACAGAGGCACACAGGGCUUGUCACCAAAUUCAGACAAUGCCACCUCACCCUGGGGAUUCUCUGGUGUCUGAUACAGGGUUGCGUGCGGGGAGCAGCCUCUACAAGGGGCACAGCCGGAGGAGAGCAGACCCCAUCUGUCUGCUGUCACCGGCCUCAUCAAAGUCUUGUAAAACAAUAGCGAAGUCAAUGGGCUGCGGCAGCCAGAUUAGCUGUUUCUGUGCCCUGAGCUGCCAUAAAUCUCAUUCAUCCGGCUAGAAAAGGGUUUGCCACCGUGAGGUGAGCAGAGCAGCAGCCAACAAGCCCCAGCCCUGGAAAAAAGGGCUGCAGCUGGGGUACCCCAGCAGGGUGAGAACUCCCCGAAAGGUCUCACCAGCUUCCACCUCCAACAGGCAGCUUCUACACACUCGCAGGCUGGUACAGCCCUGCUCACACCUCCCUUCCACCCACAGCCACCCCAUGAAAAUCCCCCUCCAAGCCAGAGGUACACGGAAGAAUUGGAGUCUCUCUGGGUUUUUUUAAGAGCAAUAAAUAACUUCACUGAAUUAAGCGAAUCUCCUGAAACGAUAUAUAAUAUGCUGCUUGCUUGAUUGGCUGUUAUUAAUAAUGCAUUGCUCAAUCUAAACCAUUCAUAAAA